GGUCCCUUGGUGUGGGAUGCAAUGAGCACGCCUGGGCUCAGCCGGCGGGUGGGGAGGCGUGUGUCGCUGGGAUGGGAGAGCCGCUGCUUUUGGGGGAGGGAGCAGCACAGCGCCUAUAUCCUCCUCCGCGCCGGCAGCCUCCCUGGCACAGCUGGGAGGUCCCGGACGAGCAGUGACCCCAGCCACCGGCUGCCCGCGGAGCCGGGGGAGCGCCCCGUCCUCCCUCCCUGGCGAUGGGCACUGGCUGGGAUGCGUGUGUGCUCCUCUCCACGGUGGUGUUCGCUGCCCAGGCUUUCCCCCAGACAAACAUAAAGAUCAGCCAAGGGCUUCUGCAACAGCUGGUUUGUCCACGCAAGUGUUUGGUGGUUAUUCGCCGGGGUGAGGGGGGGAGCAGGGCUGGGCACGGCCACGUCACUUCGCCCUCGGUGCUGGAUGUCCUCUGCUCUGCCCCCAGCCAUGCCUGAGCCUGUCCAUGCCUACUCCUGCCCGCUCUUCUGGACUGAGUACGAAGGCCACUGCUACCGGUACUUCCCCAUCAACAAAACCUGGGCUGAAGCCGACCUCUAUUGCGCCGAGUUCUCCAUCGGCAUCAGAUCAGCCAAGCUGGCCUCCAUCCACAGCUGGGAAGAAAACGUCUUCGUGUACGACCUGGUGAACAGCCGGGUGCCGGGCAUCCCCACCGACAUCUGGACGGGGCUCAACGACCUGCGGCAGGAGGGUCACUUCGAGUGGACAGAUGGCUCCUCCUAUGACUACCACUACUGGGACGGCAGUCAGCCCGACGACGGGAUCCACUCCAUCCCGGAGGAGGAGGACUGCGUGCAGAUCUGGUACCGGCACAGCAGCGAGAAGGGAUGUGUUUUCCCUUUCACCACGUACAUACACACACACUCUCACUCUCCCCUCGCUCACGUAGCAGUGGCAGGAGGGGAGCAUCACCCACUUUGAAGAAUUACUGAAUUUAGCCAAAGGUCAAAGUUUCUGACUUCCCCUCGCACACGCAGCCCAUGAAACACCCCUGGGUUUGCCAGCUUUCCCCUCCCUCACUCCGGCCAGGGGCAUCUCGCUGAAGCGGGGAAGACCCUGCUUGUGCAAAAAUCUCACCUCACACCCCCAUUGCCAGUGAGACCAGUCAGGUGUAUCCAGACCUCAUGGACAUACCUGAACACCCCACCCACGUGCACACUGGGGAUACUGUCUGUGGUAUGGGGCUGCGUUUGCAGCUGCCUCCCUGCUCCCAUGUUCCAACCGGGGCCAGGAGUCCCCGCCAGCGUCCCCAGGAUGGGGAGGGGGAUGCUGGGCGGGGGCACGGCUGGGAGCAGCCCAAAUGGGAGCACAUCCAGGGAAAACCUCCUGCAACAGCGGGAGGCCCCAGUCCUGAGGGCGGUGCAUGGUUACCUCCUCAUGCCUUUUUUUUGGC